CAUUUAUCUACACAUCCAAAUAUGAGCGAAGAAAACGAGGAAUCCAUUAAUUUUCAUCAAAUGGAAUUAGAUGAAAGAAUCCUAAAGGCAAUAGCAAAUUUAGGAUGGCUAACCCCAACGCUUAUCCAGGAGAAAGCAAUACCGCUGUUGUUAGAAGGAAAAGAUGUACUUGUUCGAGCUCGAACCGGUUCUGGAAAAACUGCUGCCUUUUCUAUACCAGUAAUACAAAAAAUUUUAAAUUCGAAAAACGCAGCUACAGAACAGUGUACUACAGCAUUGAUUUUAGCUCCAAGUAAAGAAUUAUGUCAACAAAUAACAAGUGUUUUACAAGAUCUUACAUCAAAAUGUGGCAAAAUUGUAAGAAGUAUAGAUUUGUCGGGAAAUAUAGAUUUAUUAGCGCAGAAACAUCUUUUAUCAGAACGACCAGAUAUUAUAGUAUCAACCCCAUCAAAAAUUUUAAAUCAAUUACAAAAUCAAAAUGUGGAAUUGAAAAGAGGGUUUGAAACUUUAGUUAUAGAUGAAGCUGAUUUAGUAUUUUCAUUUGGAUUUGAGAAUGAUUUAAAAAAAGUUUUAGAUUUCUUACCACCUAUGUAUCAGGCAAUUUUGUCUUCCGCCACUUUAAGUGAAGAUGUAGUAAAUUUAAAAAAUUUAGUUUUACAUAAUCCUGUUACUUUGAAAUUAGAAGAACCAGAAAUGGCUCCCGCCAGUCAACUAUCACAUUACCACAUUUUAGCCGAGGAAAAUGACAAAGCUGCCAUUUUAUAUGCUUUAUUCAAACUACAUUUGAUUAGAGGAAAAUGCAUAAUUUUUGUUAAUACUGUGGACAGAUGUUAUAAACUUAAACUUUUUCUUGAACAAUUCAGUAUAAAAGCCGUUAUAUUAAAUUCAGAACUUCCUGCAAAAAUUCGAAUUCAUUCAGUUAAUCAGUUUAAUCAAGGGAUAUAUGAUAUUAUUAUUGCGUCAGAUGAAAAAGCUUUAGAAAAUCCAGAUACAAACGGUGUGAAAAGGGCAACAGGAAGCAAGAGGAAAUCAGAUAAAGAGUCUGGAGUCGCACGUGGAAUUGAUUUUCAAUUUGUUUCAAACGUAAUUAAUUUUGAUUUUCCUCUAGAUACAAGCUCAUAUGUUCACAGAGCUGGAAGAACAGCCCGAGGGACAAACAGCGGUACGGUUCUUUCAUUUGUUAGUGUUAAAGAGAAAAAUUUGCAUGAUUCAACCGAAGAAUAUCUGCGUAUCGGUUAUGUAACAGAUGAUGAAGUUAUGAAAAAAUACCAAUUCAAACUUGAAGAAGUAGAACCAUUUCGAUAUAGAGCAAAAGAUGCGUGGCGUGCGAUAACUAAAGUUGCUGUUCAGGAAGCUAGAUUAAAAGAAAUUAAAAUUGAAAUGUUUAAUAGUGAAAAAUUAAAAGGUUUCUUUCAAGAUAAUCCACGCGAUUUGCAAGUUUUACGUCACGAUAAACCAUUGAAAACUGUAAAAGUUCAACAGCAUUUGUCACAUGUACCCGAUUACAUUGUACCAGAACCUUUAAAAAGAUUGUCUGGUAUAUCCAAAUUAACAAAAAGUAAAAAACCAUACGAAAUUAAAUCAAGAUCUAAAGCCAUUUACGAAGCGAAAAAAAAUAAUCCGUUACUGGUAGCUGAAGUAGAUUUUGCCAAAAAAAGGAAGCGAUUUUAGGAAAAAAAAAAAUCAAUAUUUUUAUAAAUCAUUAAUAAAGUUAAAUUAAAUUUAAAAAAAUUUCUGUAUUAAUGACUAAA